UUUUUAUUACCAGUUUUCCAGCAAAAGUUCUUGGAGAGAAAAGGGACUCUGAAAAAACAAAAUCAAGAAAACAUUUUGACCCAAAAAAACAGUGCUUUUCAAGAAAAUAUUUUGAUGGGUCAUCGUGGAUUUUCAUCUUCAUCACUAGUCUUCUUCAUCUUGAUUCUUAUUGGGGUUCCAAUAUCAUCAUCAGUCCCUUUCAUAGUUCUCCAUGGAAUUGGAGAUCAGUGUUCGCAUCGUGGAGUCAAACGAUUCACAGAGGAGCUAAGAGAAUGGUCAAAAUCUGAAGGAUAUUGCUUGGAAAUUGGAAAUGGAUCAUGGGACUCCUGGUUUGUGACUUUAGAGGAUCAGGCUGAUGUAGUGUGUAGCAAGGUUAAGAAAAUGAAAGAACUCCAAGAUGGUUACAACAUUGUUGGUCUCUCUCAGGGUAACCUAAUAGGCCGAGCUGUUGUGGAAUAUUGUGAGGGAGGACCACAGGUUAAGAAUUUGAUUUCCUUAGGAGGACCUCAUGCUGGCACUGCUUCAGUUCCUCUCUGUGGUUCUGGCAUUUUUUGCAUAAUUGCUGAUAAUCUAAUCAAGUCAGAGAUAUACUCCGAUUUUGUCCAGGCUCACUUGGCUCCUAGUGGUUAUCUCAAGCUUCCAAAUAAUAUUCCUGGGUACAUGAAAAGCUGCCGGUUUCUCCCAAAGUUUAACAAUGAAAUCCCCAGUCAUAGAAAUUCCAUAUAUAAGAAACGGUUCAGCAGCUUGGAGAAUCUUGUCCUUAUCAUGUUUGAACAUGAUACUGUUUUGAUACCAAAGGAGACUUCUUGGUUUGGAUACUAUCCAGAUGGGGCCUUUGAACCUAUUUUGCCAGCACAGAAGACUCAGCUGUAUACUGAGGAUUGGAUCGGUUUGAAAACCUUGGACGAUGCUGGGAAGGUGAAAUAUGUCAAAGUAGCCGGGAAUCAUCUCCAAAUUUCUUCCAGUGAUAUGAAAAAGCAUGUUGUUCCUUACUUAGCAGCGAAUGCAUCAACAGACGGGAGCUUUUCAAACGUGGAACGCAUGGCAUUACAUGAUUUGCAAGACGAUGCAUCAAGUAUUUUUACUUUUGAAGGUUCGUCAUCUUAUAAAUGGCCUGCACCUGUCAAUACCUUCUUCGCGGAACUAGUUGGCUUGACCAUAGAUCAGCAGUCUAUUGACACUUGAUUUGGUUGUUUGAUAGUUGAUGACCACGAUAUACAACUUCAUUGAAAUAUAUCAUGGCUUUGAUUGUAAGCUUUAUGUUGUCUUGUUGACUCUGUAUGUAAAUGUAUGUGCCAAAAUAUUCAACUCCUGCAAAAAGAUGUACUAAUAUAAGAUAGCAUUGUUAGCAAUUCUGCUGCCUUUCUA